AUGUCGGGAUUUGACGCAAGUAUGCCGGACGAUAAGGCUCGUGCUGAUCGAGACAGCACCACAUCUGGGACGAAUGCGGUCCACCAUACGGGUGCAGUAGCAGGCAAAGGCCGGAGCAACAACUAUCGAAGUCGCAAAAGAAAAAGCCAGCAAGGUCGAGUGGUACUAUCCAAAGCGGAUGCUGCCGCAAAGGCAAAGGGCCUCAUAAAUCGAGGAGCAGGCGACGAUCUUGCAACUGGACCGAUGCCUGGUGCGCAUGCAGGAUCUCGUGGAUCCGAAGCCAAUGCCAAAGACUCCAAAGCUUCUGCAAAGAAAAACACCAGCAAGAAGGUGGAAGAUGAGUCCAAGGUGCCGGACAGUGCCGAUGAUGUCAACCAUACGGCUGUGGUAGAACCAUUCCAAGCACGAAAGAAAAAUCGAUCUAGCAAAAGAAGAAGUCAACAAGAUCGAUACACCAAAGAUAAUGCUGCAAAGGUGAACAAUCUCAUGGAUCGAAUGAGUGAGCCCAUUACUGGACCAAUGCCUGGUGCACAUGCGGAUUCUCGUGGAACUCAAGAUGCAAAAGACAAGAACUCUGGAAAAGAACGAUACCGCAGGCCUCUGGGAGCCCAAUCAGUGUUUAUGGUGGAAGAACGAGCGAAUUUUGAAGUUGACAAGGAAGGCAAUAUGGAUGGACUUGUGAUGGCUAACGCUGUCGACAGCCACGAUGCCGACCUUGCUACGGCACUACUCAUUUCAAUGUUAGAUCAGACCCAAGAAGCGAGUGGGGGUGCUACUUUGAGAUCAAGGGACAAGAAAUCAAUCAAUGGAACCGUGUCUGAUGAUGAUUCAAGCAGAAAGACAAGCAGAAAGAAUGAAGAGUCGAACGGAAGAGACUGGGAACGUUUCAAGCAGAACAAGAAGAAUGUAACGAAUGUGCCUGUCGAUUCAGUCACACCAACUCAAUAUUCUUAUGAUGCGAUUGAAAAUCCUUUCACAAGUGCAUCUCCUUCUGGGCCUCCUACUAGUGCCAACAUUGAGGUUGCGUUUGAUCCACCGUCGGCAGAAGACUGUGCCGCCAUUGCCAGUGGGAAUACAAUACAGGAUCAAGACACAAUGCCAGUACAAAGCUACCAGCUCGAUCUUGAUGCGACGUCAAUCCUUCCCAUGGAUCUGAGCAUUUCGGCCGGUAUCAUUGAGGAUAUACUCAGAGAGUUAAUGGCUCCAGCACUUACUGGGUGCAAUCAAGUCGUUCGAAACUUGAGGAGUACUCAUCGCCAUCUUGCGGCGCCUGAUGAUGGCUUUUCAUAUGCGAUUGGAAAUGUCAUGGUGGAUGUCUUUGGAGUAGAAGGAGUAAGUUGUCUCUAUGAUUCCAAUCUGCAGUGCCAUCGAAUCGGCUUGACGCUUGACAUUGUGGUGAAGGACAAUGGUGUGAAAGUUGCUACAAUCAUUACAGAGGUAGCUCUCUUUUACGGAGGUGGAGGUCUUGCCAUCAAGCUUGAAUUGGCAGAGCUCUACGAAAGUGUUAUGGCUGUGAAUCUGGGAUCCAUAGAUCAAACCGGGUCACCAAGUAUCAGUGCUUCAUCUCCCCCUUCAAUGGAACCAUCCAAGGCACCAUCAGCGAUUUCUUCUCCUGUAUUGGUGGAAACUUCCCUUCCAAGUGAAAACCCGAAGGAGGGUCCAACACCAAAACCAACGCCAUCACCAACAGUUGCACCAGUGGUUGGACCAACCCUGCAGCCAACUCCUGAACCAACUCCGCAGCCAACACCUGAACCAACUCCACAGCCAACUCCUGAACCAACUCCACAGCCAAUACUCUAG